CUCGCCAUGGCCGCUGCUGCAGCCGUCAAAGGCCCCUGUCCGUGUCGCGAGCGGCGGCCACGAUUAAUUGGACCCGGCCAUCAUCGCUUGCACAAGCGUGUUACAUAAGGCGGGCCAACUCAAUCGGUUCCAGUGGCCGCCAAGUUCCAACAACUCCUCCUCCUCGGUCGCGCUGCUCCCUCCCCCGUACACACCACCCUCUCGCCCCAGCCUUCACGACUCGACGACCUCACGACACAACGCGCCUGCAUCCCAUCCCUCACCGCCUCUUGCCCUGCUUCUGCCAUUUCAAAAAGCACACGCCACUCUUGCCGCCCCCUUCGACGCGCACCGGUCUGCUGAGCACCUGGCGCUUCUCCUCCUCAGCGGCCAUCGUCCCACCCCCCUCCAGCAUGAGGCAGGCUCCACGCGCGAUAUAAGAGUCCGUGAUGAGCAGUAGCGCUGCUGUCGCUGACCAUUUGCCGCCGAAUCCUUCUGGCAACGGAGAGCCGCAGCCUUUGCAGCCUUCCUUCGGUCGAGUCAGAUCCCCAGCUCCUCCCUCGUCCCCUCCCCUUACCGACAAGGACAGCCAGAUCAUCGUCGUACGAAAUGGGGACAUUGGGCCGGACGCGCACGUUGAGCAGGAUGAAUCCGAGGCCGAAACCUUGGUCCUUUCCGGAACCGAAAAAGAAGACUCCGCGAGGCCAAAGAAGGUGAUCAAGCACGAACGUAGCGAUGGCGAGGAAGGAAUGCGUGACAUCCCGUCUGCGCGAAGCGUCGUUACCGUAGGCUCCGGAAAACAGGCCAGCGCACGUGGAGGCUCGGCCGCUCCUGGCCAUCCCAACGGAAUCCGUGAGGCCAAUGUCAAUGGAACCGAUAACAUGCAUUCUCAUGGCCAUAGACCCGCUGGCCGAAAAGGUUCCUCUGCGUUUUCUUCCAGUGAUCAGGACCAAUCCCGUCAAGGACCACGCGGAUCCAGCUCACGUCAUUAUUCUCAUUCCCCUCCAGUAGGCCAUGACCACCGCGCAAGGAGCUCCUCGAUCGCCGAUACGCGGAAGCGUAAGCUGAGGGACAACCACGAUUCGGAACCGCCUCGCCAGAGGUACAAGACUGAAGGACUCAUCAAAAACUCGAGGCAUCCGCCCACUUCUCCGCUUGGGGCCGGCGUCAAGCUGCACAAGAGGUCAGCCUCAACUCAAUCGCUUGUGCACAGCGCAACAGGCCGCAGGAGGCGCGAGCAUACGAGACAAGACAAGGAAUGGAGGUCAAGUGACACUGAAGAAGAAGAAAACUCGUCGCCUCACCCGCAUUCGAAUAUCCCGCCGCUUACCCGCCCAAGGAGAACUGCACACCGGUCAAUGACUUCACCCGUUCGAGCACCACCUCCAAUGAAAAGGGAUGCAUUUGGCGCAACGCGCCUGUUACGGGCAUGUGAGAAAGGUGAUUUUGAUGCCGUCAAAGCUGCCUAUGCCCAUUCGCCGGAUGAACUGGAUGCGCCGGACAAUGCCGGGGUUACUCCACUUCAAAAAGCUUCGUUGAAUGGUCACGAAGACAUUGUGGAGUUCCUCAUUGGCAAGGGCUGUCAAACAGAUGUCCAUGACAAGCUGGAUUGCGACACACCCCUCAUCGACGCAACACAGAAUGGCCACGUGGAAGUCGUCAAGCUUCUCUUGUGGAAAGCCCGGGUGGACCCCAUGUACGAGAACAAGCAUUUCAAGAACGCAUUGACUCUUUUGGAUCCGACCGCCGAUGAAGCGGACGAGAUUAAAGAAGAGUUGGAAAAAGCGAUGGAAGAACGAAGGAAAGAGGGGUCCGAUGAAGAUACUGACGGUAGGACCCCGAGGAGUGUCGAAGAAGUAUCCGGUCCGACGCUUCUUCCGAAUGAGUACAACACAGAGGUCCUCCGCAUUAAAUCCGAAGCAGGCGACAAGCGCGCGGUGGACGAGUUGCUAUCAUUUGGUAUUCUUCCCAACAUUUCUUGUGCAGUUGCAGCUGCCCGGGGUGGGCAUGACGAGAUCCUCAGUUUUCUGCUCGCGUCGGGAUUGUCGGCCGACCAUCGUGACCCAGCCAAGCAUAACGAGACGCCAAUGCUGGUCGCCAUCAAGAAGGGACACGUGGAUGUGAUCAAGUUGCUCUUGGCCCAAGACAAUUUCGACCCAACGCGACGAAACAGGGAGGGACUUACCUACUUUGAAUUUGCCGAGGAACAAGAUGCGCCAAACGGUGAGGAAAUUUACGCGCUCUUGAGGGAAAAGUAUGACGAAAAGAUGAAGUCAAAACAGUCUAGGCGCAUUCGGAGUCCGGAGUUACAACGGUCGGUUCAGAAAAGCCCGCGCAAAAGGGCCAUCGAACAGGAAAGCACCAGAAGAACACACGAGCGAGAAGCACGAGGACGACUAGCCGAAAAGUCUUCCAGCAAAACUGCUCAUUCAGAAGCAAUGUCCAAACCCAAGAAACGUCUGAUGUCAAGGAGAGAAUUGAACCGUCAAUCAAGAGAAAGCACGUCUCCUGACGCGUCGGACGAGGAUGAUGAUGAUGUUCGGGGCCCAGGUCGUAUCGUGCGGAGGAAAAACAACCAUGCGUCGAAAACGAUCCGGAGUUCGCCUGCUCCAUCCUCCCCAGAGCAAGAAAAAUGCGAACCGCGCUCCGCUCCGCCAAAAGCCACAGAACCAGAACCUGAGCCUGAACCGACUCCUCCUGUCAAGGAUAAGACGUCGGAACAGAUCAAGGAGGCAAGAAGAAUCGAGGCUGAACGGUUGGCUGCGGAAAAAGCACGGGAUGAAGCGGAAAAGGAACGCCUUGCUGCUGCCGCUGAAAAGGCUGCGCGUGAGCAUCAAGAGCGCCUCGACAAGCUUCCACGGGCCUUGAAGCGAGCAUGCCAGCAUGGCAAGAACCGGCCUCUGCAGUUCGACUUGGGCAACGGUGAAGGCGGCAUUGGCUACAACUUCCUUCCGGUUCAUGUCGUCAAGCUGUCAGAUCUCGAUCCGACCUGCGACGCAUCACGGCGUGACGAGCUCUGGAUGAUGAGCUUCCAAGCUGUCGGCAUCCUCGGCCUCACUGAACUCGACUGUCACGAGUUCCCCCUUUGGGAGCACAUAUCCGUUACCCAGGACCACCUCCAAGCCUUCCUCGAGACAUACGACAUCUCGCAACUGGCGGAGGAUCCGUUGUUCCAACGACAAGGCGAGAAGGGCUACGACCCUGACAAAUACGCCGCAGAAACCCGCGAAGCCAAGGCCAAGUUCCUCAGGCUCGACCCUCUAUUCUGGAUACGCUACGACGAUUUCCUGAAAGCCACGCAACUACCGGAUUACGGGCACCUGGAAAAGCUCAAGAUCUGGACAGCAAAUGCGAGGACCAACCCAAGAGCCACGACGCCUCCGCCCACGCCACGCAGUUGGGCCGAGGCCCUGUUUGGGGUCCAGCCUGGGCCGGAGUGGAAAAGUCGGUCAGGGAGUUUGGGGUCGAGCAAAUCUUCUGUGGCUUGAUGUACAUGUAGGCAAUUGUUCAUAGAGCGGGUGUUGGAGUCUCGGCGUGUGCGAUGAUGGGCUAGGCUGUCUGCUUUCCGUGUUGAUGUUCAUGGACGGCCUAACGACGGUAAACUGAAUGUAAUGCUUCUGGUCAAUAUACCCUACAGCCAAUAGUAAAUAAAGCGCUUGGAGCCGACGCCACGUCGCCA